AGAUACACACUCACAAUUCCAUGCCGAUGAUGUUGUCAGAGAAUUUCUAGUAGAUGGGCGCUGAUGUUAUGUUCUGUAGAGUUAAAUCAUCUGUGGUAGGAAGCAAUCACAGUACUUUACACAAGCUAUAUUGGUUAUUAUGAUCAGUGCCAUCUAAUUUAGUUCAUCGUUUUGAAAGUUACUGUUUUCCACGCUUUGUCUAAUAAAUAUAGCAUAUCAUUUACAUUGGAUUACUUAUGUUAAUAUGAAAAAUACAAGGCUGGUAUAGUUGUCUUCGAGAUAAUUUUGAGAUGCGAUAACUAACAGUCCUAGUUGUAGACAUUGUAGCAAUGAAAUGGAGUCCGUUGAGACCUUUGUAGAUGCUGCUGGAAUUGAGUCUCCGGUCAGAACAGAUGAUUACGGCGUGAGGAUUCUUUCCCAGGAUGAGAUGGAUAGAUUGAAAGACGACCGAGUAGUGUCCGAAUAUAAGCAGCAGAAGCUUGAGAAGGAGGCUCAGAAAAAUUGGGAUUUGUUUUACAAGCGAAAUACUACAAACUUCUUUAAGGACAGACAUUGGACGACCAGAGAAUUUGAGGAGCUGAAAGCAUGCAGACAGUUUGAGACCCAGAAGUUGGUACUGCUGGAGGCCGGCUGUGGAGUGGGUAAUUGUAUUUUCCCACUUCUAAAGGAGGACCUAAACAUCUUUGUGUAUGCCUGUGACUUCUCUCCAAGAGCCGUGGAGUUUGUAAAGCAAAAUUCGCUGUACUCUCCGGAGAGAUGUUUGGCGUUCCAGUGUGAUCUGACCAAAGAUGACCUGCGGGAUAACAUCUCGGCAGAAAGUGUGGAUGCAGCCACACUCAUAUUUGUGCUCUCUGCCAUCCACCCAGACAAAAUGCAGCACGCUCUUGAGAAUUUGUUUAGGGUUCUAAAACCAGGUGGAGUGGUGUUGUUUAGAGAUUAUGGCCUCUAUGACCACGCCAUGCUCAGAUUUAAAUCAGGGAAUAAGCUUGGGGAGAACUUCUACGUGAGGCAGGAUGGCACACGGUCCUAUUUCUUCUCUAAAGAAUUGCUGACCAAGCUAUUCCACGACGCUGGAUUUGAGAGUAUGGUGAAUGACUAUGUUCUGCGGGAGACUGUGAACAAGAAAGAGGGUUUGUGUGUGCCUCGUGUCUUCCUUCAGAGCAAAUUCAGGCGGCCGCCUACACUGAACAACCAAGUAUAAAAAUGUGCCAAAGUGAACCAAGGAUGUGAUGCUGGAUAUUAUUGGUAAAAUUGUAUUUUUAAUACAUUUAAUAUGUUUUCUUUAUCAGAAAUACAACCAUGAGCAUUUGGACAUGCCAUUUUAGCAGGGAUUUUAGCCUUAAUGUUUUUCACAGUAUUAAACUUUUUUUUCCUGGUA